AUGCUGAGACUCCCCUCCCUGAUGGGGGUGCUGAUCUGGCUGCUGCCAUCUGCUGCUCCACCAGUCCCUUUUCCAGGCAGCCCUCUGUCCGACAGUGAGUACCAGGUCUUCUUCUCCAACCUGAGGCCCUCCUGGAAGGCACAUGUUGCCUGUGAGCUACGACACGCCCAUGGCUGCCUCAGUCCUGAAGUCCUGCAACAGGACCUGCAGGAGAACCAUGGCCAGAUCCCUGAAGGGCCUGUCUGCUCUGAUUUUCCAGAGGCACUGUGGUUUCAGACCUUCUGCCAGUUUGCCCAGUACCGCUGCUCCAACCGCAAAUUCUACAUGAAGCGAACCCUAUGUCCAAGUUUGUCUCCUCCAAAAGACCAUCUUGUCCAGGCAGAGCGAUCUCAUGCUGUGGGCUCUCGGGCGAAGGAUGGAAGCCUCCCUGCAAAAUCAGCUCUGGGGCAGCCUUCGCUUUUGCACAUUGACGCCCAUCUGCACUCCAACGUGGACACUCUCCUGAAGUACUCCUACGCGCUGUCGAGUCAGAAACCAGUGGCUAAGCACCUCCCUUCUGCCAUGGCAGUGGCCCAGGUUGUCCCCUGGAAUGGGGGGCUGCUCCCUGUGCCUCCACGAAGCCCGCCAGUCCCAGCUGCCCCUGCAAACUUGCCUCCCAAGCUGAGAGCCCGUGCCCAGGCUGGCAGAGUCUGGGACUACCGCCUGCAGCACAGCAUCCAGCAGCUGAACAGCUUGAUCUUCUCGCUGGAGACGUCGCUGAGCACAGAGGCCCCUUCACAGGCCUCCGGCAUCAAGGCGGAGCAGGGCAGUGCAUCCAGCGGCGCUGAGGAGAGGGUACAGGAAACGGCCUCCGGCGGCAGCCUUUUAGCUCUGGAGAAGAACAAGGCAGUGAUGAUCCUCUGCCGUGCAAUGUUGGAAGGAAACUGUAUCUCAUCAGUAGUCACCCAGGCCUGGAAACAAAUGGAAGAAAGAGCCCUUGGGCUUGGAGAGUCGGUGUGUGAUAGCCUUGGGCGGCACCACAUGGACCUGUGCCCUGACUGCGCUUUCUGCUCGCUGAAGAGGGAGCAGUGCCAGAACAUCACCAACCUGAGACGUGUUCAUUGCAGGACAGGCAAUUUUACUGCCUACAUCAACCCCCAGAUCUCAGCCCAGUAUCAGGCAGGCAACCAGGACAGCUCCACGAAGCCCGUAGAGUACUAUGCCCUCAAUGUUUACAGCGGGUCGAAUGCAGAGUACUGGUGCGGCCACUUGGGCAUCCACGGCUGCGAUGAUCCUCAUGUAGCCCUCUGGCUGCAGGCAGAAUACACUUCCUUUCCAGCUGUGGACACUCCGAGCCAGAUCUGUGACUCAGAUGGAGUUCAGCACCCUAGUUACUGUGCAUUCAAGAGCCACCAAUGCCUGCAACACAGCCUCCACAACCAAAGGGUAUCUCGCCUUGGCUGCCACCGGAACAAGACUUACCAGGUGCUGAGUGAGGAAGAAGGAAAGGAGGAGGUGCUCCUGUGGCACCAGUGGUUCCUCAGUCUCACUGAGCAAUAA